AUGCUGGUGCUUUUAGUUUUAAAAGGAAAUAUAAGAUGUUCUUUUCAUCGUGAAUUUAAUGUUGAAGAAUUAAAAAAUAUGAUUGAUAAUAGAGAAUUGUAUAUGAAUUUGAAAGUAUUAGAGAGAAAUAUAAUCAAAUCGUUACAUUCUGAUGAAUUGAAAGUACCUAUAGUAACACCUGAAAAUGUCUCCUAUUUGAAGGAUAUGUCUAAUUUCAAAACCAUAAAAAUAAGCUCGGAGGAUGGAAUUAGCACCAUAUAUAUAAUACCUCAAUUUUUCGUUUUAUUCAUCAUUUUACAUCUAAUUGUUCUCAUAUUGAUUAUUGUUAUAAUCUUCCUAAUCAUCGCUAAUUUUGUCAUAUUCCUCAUUGUCAUCCCGACAUUUUUCCAAAAGUCUUCAAGUAAUCUCAUUUGUUCGAAGCCAUACAUUUUAGAAGAUAUUUAUAAUGUUCAAAAUAAUUCAGAACCAAUGGAACAUCACCUAAAAUGA